UGUGCUGCGUGUACACUGGCUGGCUUGUACGGAAGCCGCGCGGGGUCAGCGUGUGUCUUUCUUUCCGCCCGCUGGGUCAGUGUGGAAAGCAGCAGCUACAGGAGACGGCGAUGGCUCCCAAGGGCGGCGGCGGCGGCGGCAGCGGCGGCGGCGGGGCUCGGCAGCAGUCUGAGGAGGAGCUGCUCUUGCAAGACUUUAGCCGCAAUCUCUCGGCCAAGUCUUCGGCGCUGUUUUUCGGCAACGCCUUCAUCGUAUCUGCUAUUCCCAUUUGGUUGUACUGGCGGAUAUGGCAUAUGGACCUUGUUCAGUCUGCAGUCCUAUACAGUGUGAUGACCCUUGUCAGUACAUAUCUGGUUGCUUUUGCCUACAAGAACGUAAAGUUUGUUCUUAAGCACAAAGUCGCUCAGAAGAGGGAAGAUGCCGUUUCCAAGGAAGUCACUCGCAAGCUGUCUGAGGCAGACAACAGGAAGAUGUCACGUAAGGAGAAAGAUGAGAGAAUUUUGUGGAAGAAGAACGAAGUGGCAGAUUAUGAAGCAACCACGUUCUCCAUCUUCUACAACAAUACUCUCUUUCUGGUCUUCAUUGUCAUCGCCUCAUUCUUUGUGCUGAAGAACUUCAAUCCCACCGUAAAUUACAUUCUCUCCAUCAGCGCUUCGUCCGGACUGAUCGCUCUGCUCUCUACUGGCUCCAAGUAGAUGGAGGAGUCUGGGUGGGUGGAUCCGAUCCACUCCCACAAAGGCAUAAAAAAUAAGGUGGUGUUGGCCUUUGCACAGCUUGAAAAGUUGAGAAAUUAGUUUCGUUUUUUAAACAUGGAUAUGGAAGGAAAUGUAUGUUCUGUUUUCUUGAUGAAACAGAUGCUACAAAAAUGACUAUACCAGAUAUUGUAAAAAGCUUUUGAUAGUUAACAUUUCUGCGGUAUCCCAAGAAUAUCAAGUGACUGUCACAAGACCUGCACCUGGAGUUCUGCAAGAGGAAUAUUUGUAAGAAAUAUUUUGUUACCUUUCAGUAAAAGGAACCUUGUUUUGCCGUAAGGAGUGACCAUACCUCUUGAAUGUUUUGUAACCAUGUUUGAAUAAAAGCAUUUCAAGAA